AUGAACAUUCGUGAAACACACUCCUUCAUUGCGGCUGCCGUUGCUCACAAUCCCUCGAUCUUUGACCUGUCUAUUGAGAAGCAAAUUCAAGAAUUAAUCCUUCAACCUCUUUCUCAAGCUUCAUCUUCGUUGUCAGCAUCGACCUCCCCGAAGUUGAUCAUCAUCGAUGGUUUAGAUGAAUGUAUAAAUCAAGACGCUCAAUGCACCAUUGUCGAGCAGUUCGCAGAUGCUGUCCGGCAGAUGCAGCACAACUUGCCACAGAAAGUCAUCAUCGUCAGCCGCCCCGAACAACGCCUAAGUUCUGCCUUCUCCGACGAGAAACUAGUUCCGUGUCUCAAGCAGCUGUGUUUAGACAACACUUGGAAGCCAGACGACGACAUCCACCUUUUCCUUGUCGAUAGUUUCGCAGGUAUCAAGAAAAAACAUCCGCUUUCCGGACUCAUCGAAGAUGCUUGGCCAUCCGAGAAAGAUAUCAGGAGUCUCGUCCUCAAAUCUUCUGGGCAAUUUAUCUUUGCGGCAACUGUUGUCAACUACGUCAAAUCAACGCGUCACGAUCCCCGCGAGCGCCUGAAAGUUGUUCAAGGUCUCAAGAAAGACGAGAAAAACCCUCCAUUUGCUGAGCUGGAUGCACUGUACCGACAUAUCCUUCUGUCGGUGGAGAACCAGCCCAUUCUCGUCCCUUUACUUCGCAUCGUCCUCAUGCGAUCCAUUGAACCCGCUGUGGAUAUAUACCAGCCAAUGAAAAUUGCCAGAUUCCUCUUGGACCUUCGCGAAGGAGUCGUUGAGUUACUCCUUAGUGAUCUUGCAUCCGUUGUCGAGGCCGAUACUUAUGAUGAGAUUCACUUUCAUCACGCGUCGUUUCAGGAUUUCCUGUUAGAUAAAGAUCGGUCAAAGGAAUUCUUUGUCAACAGUAAUUUCAUGAAUGCCAACCUCGCUCGAGACUGUCUUCAGCUCUUUUCCAAGUACCCCGCAAUGGAUUCCGACGAUUGCUGGGAGGCAUGCCUUCGUGGACCCGAACACUUUUUGUAUCAUAUUUCGGACGAUGCUGUGUCUGUUGAUGUCUAUGACGCCCUCAACGAACUCGAUGUUGAGUCCCUGUUGCACAGUCUUUCGACACACCCAGCAACAGUCAAUGCGAAGGUGCCGGACGGCGUAGUAGGCUUGAUGCUACUUUCAUUGAAGGAUGAACCCCAUCCAUCUCUGGGAAGAACACUUCCCAUACCUCCGGUAAUCAGCAAGCUCGUUGAGUGUGUCCUUUUGAAACUCCGGAAUUUUCCAUUCAACGGAUUUGAUAACGAUCCUGGUAUCGACAUCGUCGUGUUUGCUUAUCCUUAUGAGAUAUUGUCGCCAUCGAGUCUUCGCAAGAACCUGAUGGCCAUUCUGCCAAUCUCAUUGUCGGUUUCGCCUAACGCCAGCGCCAACCCUUUCACGGAUGAAUUGAUGUUUUGCUUCGAGCUUAUCGCGAAUUGGCUCACAUUGUUUAGCAGGGCAGAUAUCUUUGGCCUGUAUGCACUUACGCCACCGUGCCUGAUGAAUGCGGCUAGUGUAUGCUUGGAAUACUUGACCAAUGUUUUGUGA